CGCAGCGCACACUAAUAGCGUCAUCAAACAGCGCGGAACGAAGUCACUCUGCGCCUGCGCACUGAUACAGACUGCGGGUACGCUGCGCUACACUGCGCAUGUACGGAAGCGAUCAGCGGAUGACAGCCGGGAAACAAGAGCUGGGGAUGGAGCCGGAAUACAGGGACAUUCUGAGGCGGAAUCGGGUCCGUCUGGUCCAGUCUCUCCAACUUACAGACCUGUGGGAUCCACUGCUGGAGAGAGGGAUCUUUAGCAAUGACAUGAUAGAGGAGAUCCAGAGGGAAGGGACACGGAGGGACCAGGCCAGGAAGCUGCUGAUAGAGCUGGAGAGCCGUGGCAGCCAGGCGUUCCCUCUCUUCCUACUGUGUUUAAAGGAGAGCGGGCAGGAUAAACUGGCAGAUACGCUCCAGUCAGGCAGCGGCGCGUGUGCGUUAGAGCCCAUUCCCGUUACCCCAAGCCCGGGGCCAAAACCAUUGCCCAAAGCGGAUCCUGCUGAAUAUCCCACAAGAGACGUCCGACGGAAAAAAGAAACACUGGACAAAGACAAGGAUUAUCCCAUGUCCUCGGACCUCAGCGGACUUUGCCUCAUUAUCAACAACAUGAAUUUCCACGAAUGCACCGGAUUAUCCAACAGAACAGGGUCAGACGUAGACCGGGACAAACUGGCAAACAGAAUGCGCUCCUUUCACUUUGAUGUGAUGGUGAAGGAUAAUCUGACUGGGCAGGCCAUUCAUGAUCAUCUGGAGGAACUUGCUGCCCAAGACCACAGCCUGAGGGACUGCUGCCUGGUGGUGAUCCUGUCACAUGGCUGUGAGACCCGGCACAUUCAGUUUCCAGGAGGAGUUUACGGAACAGAUGGGAUUCGAAUCCCUGUAGAGAGAAUCGUGAGCUACUUUAAUGGUUCUAAAUGCCCCAGCCUGCGGGGAAAGCCCAAGAUCUUCUUCAUUCAAGCCUGCGGCGGAGAUCAGAAAGACAAAGGCUGUUCGGUGACUACUGAGACCCCCCCACUAAGCCCCACUUCAACUUCCCUGCAGUCUGAUGCCACCCCUGUUUUUUCUGGGGAAGAUGAUAACGACGAAGUGGAUGCCGUGUCCAGUAUUCCCACUCCCAGUGAUAUCUUGGUGUCCUAUUCCACUUUCCCAGGUUACGUGUCAUGGAGGGAUAAGCACACUGGAUCCUGGUAUGUAGAGGUGUUAGACAAUGUCCUUGCAGAACAUGCAGCAACUGAUGACCUACAGUCCCUUCUAGUGAUGGUUGCUGAUGGAGUUUCAAGCAAAGGAACCUACAAGCAAAUCCCUGGAUACUUUAACUUCCUUCGGAAGCGUUUUUUCUUUAAAACAGAUUGAGUAGCCUAUGGGAAGUCAAAAGUCAGGUGAUAACUUUGUACGAAUCACGUGGGUUUCAGUAGGUGGAAGUGUAUUCCAUCGGCUGGGUUUUUUUAUUUACCAAGCAGUCUACUGAAUAUACUGUGAACUAGAAAAUAAUCCUUGUGACCGUACCUUUGGGUAUAAGAGGCAAUUAAAGGGCCAGUAACGAUAACAACCUUUUCUUUGGAAGGAAACCCUUAUUUUUGACUGCUGGUACCUGUUCUCCCUACACAGCAUUAGUGACCUGUCACGGGAAACCCUGCAUAUAAAAAUCUAAUGCCUUGCGAAACUAAUGCAGAAUUUUCAGACUUGAUGAAUAAGUCAAAAUGUGCAUAUAUAUUACUUUAAUUUAUUGGUGUUACUGGCCCUUUAACAAGCCCCUGGGGUGGGGGAGGUUGUCGAUGAAAAUUCAGUCGUCUCCGGAGCUAGCAAUUAAAGGGCUACUAAAUGCACAAUGGAUCCAUCAGGGAAAUGCUUUUGUAAUGAUGUGGGUAAAUGUCCCUAAGUAUAGCGAACCCUUGUCACCCCAUCCCUGCACUUUAUUGUCUUGUGUUGUCUGCCCAGUGACAGGUGCCUGUGAUUUCAUUGUCUGUACAAUUAGCCUCAUAAUGAUGAUAAUAUUAAUAAAGCCCUUUUGCACUUUUGUAACAAA